UUAACGCUUUCACUUUGUCUACAGUGGUGGGUCACGGUGGAGAAUUCCGGGGGAAUUUAAGCGUCGGUUGGGGGAGUUUCCAUUGCAGCGGAGGUGGAGCAUCACUGAGGGGGUUUGAUCUGCGAGUGACGGCUUGAGUGGUCAUGAGUCAUAAUGUGCCUGGGUGUUGGUAUUGUAGUUUGUACAGUCGUAAACACCAGGAGCUGCUCUGAUCACCUUGUGCACAGACUUCACAGCUUUGUUCCACCACUGACAAGAAAGCCUCUCUCGUCCGUCAGUGCUUUGAGAAAUAUGAGGUUUCUGGACUUGGAAGAUUCCAACAGUCGCUUCAGGUUUGCUCAGUCCUGUGUGGGGCUGGCGGGCUGCCUGUGCGUGAGCUAUGCAGUGUGGACACCAUACUGGCUGAAGGACCAGGGGCUCUGGACAGAGUCAAACAACACUGGAAGUGACCAGACCAGCCUUAAACAGGGCACUGUCUUCAAUGCCCUGGAAGCAGAGCAAGUAUUCGGUGUCCUCUCCUUCCUCAUGGCCAUGAGCACUGGGGCCCUGUGUCUGGUGUUUGCCCUCUGCUGGACGUCUCGGACGGUGCGGUCGUACUCCAACACCCGCUCUCUGCUCAUGGCCGGACAGGCGCUCUACCCCACCACCCUGCUGCUGCUCACCAUGGCCUCCACAGGUUUCUUCUUCCUCCUCAGCUGGUCUCUUUUCACUUAUCAGCACCGGGAAGAGAUCCGUCAAGACGUCUCGGUCCUCGGCUCUUCCUAUUGGCUCGGGGCUCUCGGUUGGGUCCUGCUGAUGAUCGUGGAGGCGACCGUCUUUAUCGUGGAACAAGCGACAGUGCCGGACAUGCUACCGGACCUGGAGAAGGCCGUGGAGUCUUGGCGGAUUACCACUCAACUAAGGGCUGCUAAACGCUCUUAUAGCAAUGUGUAGCAGCCUGGAAACAUCGAGAGAGACAUUAUCCCAAAGAUGGUGCAUGGCCACCGUGAAUGCAAUGCAGCUGUAAGGAUGUGGCGGAGGAAAUGAUUGUGAACGUGUUAGCUACACAAAAACAACACAACCAAACUGAUUCCUUAUCAACUGUGUCUCGAGAAAUUGAGAUUCUCGGCCUCCUGAAAGUCAGAGGGACUGAACGCGUCCUGCAGGGUUUGACCGCCGUGGUAAAUUCUGCAUUGUUGGUUUUCAAGAUGCACUUUUUCAAAAUACACUAAGGACCAAUAAUGAUGGCGGGGAGAUCAAAUGCAAGAUGGGGGCUGCUCCCUGUCAAGGUGAUGUGUAGGAUCUGUGUUUUGCAAAAAUUUGAAAUUCAGACAGGCCGGUCGUCCAGCUUUGCCUCUGGGCCGGGAACACAUCCAGGUUUUCUCUUUGAACUUGUUCCUUUACCUGAAAAAUGAAGAAGGUGCUGCAACGUGCUCGAUGAAUGUUAAAACAGCUCCAUCUUGUGAUGACCACGUGACACUUCUGACAGUGAAACUCAACCGAGGACGAUCACCUUCUUUUUGAAUUAUUUUACUAAAAAUUGUUUUAAUAUGAGAUGUUAGGAGACAUUAUGAAAUAGAAAAUUCACAUUGUGCUCCUCUGUUGUUUCCUGUAUGAAGCUGAUCAUGAGUCAUAAAUAUUUGUGGUUAUGUCGGGCAGCUGUGGCUCAGGAGCCGGAGCGGGUCGUUCACUAACCAGAAUGUCGGCCGUUCGAUGCAGAAGUUUCCAAAUCGCCCCGGAUCUCUGUGUGUGAGUGAUGAUAGAGGAAGUGCUGCACACAGAUGCACUGUACAAAUGUGUUUGUGACCAUUUGUAACCUGUUUAUAACUAGUUUUUUCUAUAAUAAAAUUAGCAGUCAUAUUGAGACCUGAAUGUACUGUCCUC